UUUGCUUAUUCCCUCAUAUCAUUGUCGUCUCUCUCCGUAAGGUCUUUGCAGACGAGAGAUUUGGAACUGCAGCCAAUAUGUCUCGACAAGCCACUAGAUUCAUCGCUAAUCUCUCUUCAAAACUCACCUCUCGUACAUCUCCUUCAUCAUCGUCGAACUCGAUCUCUCAAGCGCGUUCAUUCGCGACAGCUCCUCCACCUCCGGCCGUUUUCGUCGACAAGAACACCCGCGUCAUCUGUCAAGGAAUUACAGGCAAAAAUGGCACCUUCCACACCGAGCAAGCCAUCGAAUACGGCACUAAGAUGGUUGGUGGAGUUACCCCAAAGAAGGGUGGAACAGAGCAUUUAGGGCUCCCUGUUUUCAACUCAGUUGCAGAUGCAAAAGCUGAAACCAAGGCUAAUGCAUCUGUAAUUUAUGUGCCUCCACCAUUUGCUGCAGCAGCAAUCAUGGAAGCAUUAGAGGCUGAACUGGAUUUGAUUGUUUGCAUUACAGAAGGAAUUCCACAACAUGACAUGGUUCGUGUAAAGGCUGCUCUACUUAAGCAGUCAAAAACUCGGCUGAUUGGACCAAAUUGCCCUGGUAUCAUUAAGCCUGGAGAAUGCAAGAUCGGAAUUAUGCCUGGUUACAUUCAUAAACCAGGGCGCAUUGGUAUUGUAUCUCGAUCUGGCACACUAACUUAUGAAGCGGUAUACCAAACUACUGCUGUAGGGCUAGGUCAAUCCACAUGUGUAGGUAUUGGUGGGGAUCCUUUUAAUGGGACCAAUUUUGUUGACUGCAUGAGAAAAUUCAUUGCUGAUCCUCAGACAGAAGGUAUCAUUCUGAUUGGUGAGAUAGGUGGUACUGCAGAAGAAGAUGCUGCUGCCCUCAUAAAGGAAAGCGGGACUGACAAGCCUAUUGUUGGGUUUAUUGCUGGACUUACUGCUCCACCUGGGCGACGCAUGGGCCAUGCUGGAGCCAUAGUAUCAGGUGGAAAGGGUACAGCACAAGACAAAAUCAGGACCCUAAGGGAAGCGGGUGUGACAGUGGUGGAAUCACCAGCAAAGAUUGGAGCUGCUAUGCUUGAGGUUUUUAAACAGAGGGGUCUUGUUUGAGUGGAGACCAUGUAUUAAGAAGAAAAAGAAGAAACCAUUUUCAGUUCAAAAUAACGAAAGAUAAAACACCCGGGCGAGUUUAUAUGGUUGGAUUUUAACCUUGUUGAGUAUUUUUAGCAAUCUUUUUCUUUUUCUUUUUCUUUAUGAAUCCAAAGCCAAAGCCAAGUGCCACGGCAUAUUUUCUUAGUUUUGCAAAUUUGGAAAAACGUACAGGGAUUUGGAAUUGAGAUAACUCAAUUGUGGUUGAUUGAGUUGAAUGGAAUUGGAAUGGAACCUUUUUGUGCCUACUCAA